AAUGUUCCUUCGUAGUGUUUCCACUGAAUAUGGGCGGAUAAACGUGUGGAAUAUGAGCUCUGGAGGAAGGAAAACCUUUGGACCGUUUCCUCUGUCACGGGAUAGUCAGGCCAUCGUAAAGAAAAUCAGCUAAAAAAAAAAAAAGACGGGCGACACUGAGCAGAGGCUGUUUCUGCGCUUUACUUUUUCUGAGAGAGUUUUGAGGAGUAGAAACGGACACAAAGAUUCCAGUGUGAAGUAGGAGCAUGCAGGCUUAUUAAACCUCUCAGCUCCUGAAAAACAACCUGGACUAUUUGAGCAGAACACGAGACAAGUUCUCUUAAAACCAAAAUCUCGUUAAAAUGACCUCUGUGCAUUAUAAUGCCCACUUGGAUUCCAAAGAUGUUAAUGGGAACGGUGUGAUGGAGGAGGCAGAGGUUCAAAUUGAUGAUGGUAAAGAGAAAAUUGAGGAACCGGACACCAUGUACUACCGUCUUAGGAAAUGGAUAGCUCCUAUUGUAAUGUCUUUUGGUUUUCGUGUCUUUGGCUUGGUGCUCAUCUUUGUUGAUAUUAUUCUGGUCAUUGUUGACCUGUCGCUGUCAACCAAGAACCGUGAGAGUGUGGGGACUACUUUGGAGGCCAUCUCACUUAUCAUCUCCUUCUUCUUCCUGAUCGAUGUGCUUCUACGGAUUUAUGUAGAAGGAUUUAAGGUGUACUUCAGUUCCAAGCUGAACAUCAUGGAUGCCUGCAUUGUGGUCAUCACUCUGGUUGUCACUAUGAUCUAUACAUUUUCUGAUUUCUCGGGAGCAAGCCUCAUUCCCAGGAUAGUGACAUUUCUGAGGUCCUUGAGAAUAAUUAUCCUGGUGCGAAUCUUUCGACUGGCCUCCCAGAAGAAAGAGAUAGAGAAGGUCACCAGAAGAAUGGUGUCUGAGAACAAAAGACGGUACCAAAAGGAUGGAUUUGAUUUGGACCUCACAUACGUCACAGACAGAGUCAUUGCUAUGUCCUUCCCCUCAUCCGGGAAACAGGCCUUGUACCGGAAUCCCAUCAGAGAAGUUGUCAGAUUCCUGGACACUAAACACCUGGAUCACUACAAAGUUUACAACCUCUGCAGUGAGAAAGGUUAUGAUCCAAAACUUUUCCAUUAUAGAGUAGAGCGUGUGAUGAUCGAUGACCAUAAUGUGCCGUCAUUAGACGACAUGCUAAGAUACACCUCCAGUGUUAGGGAGUGGAUGGCUGCAGACUCACGCAACAUCAUUGCUAUCCAUUGCAAAGGGGGAAAAGGACGAACAGGGACGAUGGUGUGCACGUGGCUAAUCGACAGUGAUCAGUUUGAAAGUGCACAGGACAGCCUGGACUACUUUGGUGAAAGACGAACGGAUAAAAGCAUGAGUUCGAAAUUCCAGGGUGUCGAAACUCCGUCUCAGAGCCGGUAUGUUGGAUAUUAUGAGAUCAUGAAGAACAAAUACAACCGGCAGCUGCCCCCACCACAAAGCUUAAAAAUCAAGAGUCUGCGCAUUCACUCCAUCGCUGGGGUUGGAAGGGGCAAUGGCAGCGAUCUAAAAGUCCGUAUCAUAGUGAGGAAAGUGCAGGUGUUCCAGUGCAUUUGUGCCAAACAAGAGAACUGUGCGCUGUUCCCUGAUGUUGGAAACAAUGCAGUGGUGAUCAGUUUACACAAUGGCCCAGUGGUGUGUGGUGAUGUCAAAGUCAUGUUUGAAUCCAGUGCAGGCAUUCCAAAGGGAUAUGAAGACUGUCCAUUCUUUUUCUGGUUCAACACCUCAUUUAUAGAGGACCACAGGCUAUAUCUGUCGAGGGAAGAACUGGACAACCCACAUAAGUCUAAGACCUGGGACAUCUACAAAGAGGACUUUGGUGUUACCGUGUCAUUCAGUGACCCCUGAAGAGAGCGUUAAUGAUGUGAUCCACACUAUAGUUAACCAACUAACAGCAUUCCCUAUAUAUUCCCUACUCUACCUAGAGGAAUUGGCACUGAGACAUACAGGAUUUAGGCCAGAAUAUUAUUUGUCCUAAUUACGGGGUUUUGUUUUGUUUUGUUUUUUUAGUUAAAGGGGAAAUGUAUAGAAAAUUAUGCAAUGUUUGGCAACACAGCUUUUGAAGGAAAUACUGUAUUCACAUGUUUCCAAAAUGUCACAAUGUUCUUGUUACAAAUGUGCGGGAUCAGAUUUGCCUCUCAAUUUUCACAGUGUUGUGUAUGUGUUGUUUUAUUCAGCGCUGUUUGUUUAAUAACCGUGGAAGAGGAAGAGAAUAGGGAAAAGGAUUUUUAUAUAGAAAAGAAAUUCAAGUAAUCGAAGAAGUAAA